AUGUCCUUCUUCAAGAAGCUUGCCGACGACUUUGACGGCCUGGGCCUGGGCGACAAGAAGCGCGACGAGAGAUAUUCCAGCUACGGCGCACCACCGCCGCCCCCCUCGUCGGACUCGCCGCCCUCGUACAAUCCCCCCUCCGACAAGCCCCGCAUCCCCGACGGCUGGGCCCCCCAGUGGGACGCCCACUACGCGCGAUGGUACUACGUCGAGCAGGCCACGGGCCGCGCGCAGUGGGAGGCCCCGGGCUACUCGGCCUCGCAGGGCCAUGAGCAUGACGCGCGCGGCUACCCCGCCGAGCACGGGGGCGGCUAUGCUGGCGGCCAUGAUAGCUACGGGGGCGGCCACGGCGGCUACGGCGAGCAGGGCUACAGCGAGAAGAAGUCGUCGUCCAGCAGCGGCAUGCUGCUCGGCGUAGCAGGUGGACUGGCCGCUGGUGCCGUCGGCGGUGCGCUGCUGCACGAGGCUCUUGAUGACUCCGACGACGAGCACCGCGCCGCGCCGGUCUACGAGCAGUCCUACGACGCUCCUCCUCCCCCCGUGCUCCCGACGCAUGACGUCUAUGGCGACGAGGUGGACAGCAGCGAUCGCGAGUCGGUGCAGGAGGCGCGCGAGGACUACGAGGAGGCCCUUGCUGAUGCGCAGGACUCGGACGCUAGCAGUAGUGACCAGGAGGAGCUGGAGGAGGCGCGUGAGGAGUAUCAGGAAGAGUACGAGGAGGCGUAUUAUGAUGACUAG